AUGCUGAACAAGGUGCGGCGCGCCUUAGAGAAGGGUCCAGUCACCGGGACGUUUGUGAUGAGCAGUGGCUCACCUCGGGUAGAUUCGAGGUGGUGGUUGGAGACGUUGGCCUUGGUGCACUGGCUAUACCCACAGGAAAGGCUUCGUGCACCAAACGUGAUUGGUACCUUGACUGCUGCAGAACUCGCCUCGACGAAAAAGCAGAAGCUGCUUGUUUUCGUUUCAUCAACAUCAGAGAUUGACAUGACUGAAGGACAAGACCAGGGUCGCGCAUCAACGACUCGGACGAACGCCUUGCCUGCAGCUGCAAAGCAUAAUUGUUCCUACGCGACACCGUUACCUGCGGGCUCCACGAAAGGUACUAUUGGCGCUACGCUUAACCUUGGAGUUGCCAAAGAAUACCAGAGAUCUGAUAGACGAGAUUUUCAUACUAGGGAAAAUAAUUGGAAAGUGCUUUUAGCACCGAUAUUGCAACAAUUCAGGCAGUUGGAUUCAUGCACACGCGAUGUAUCGGACUACGAUAAGUUUGUUCAAGUGAAUUCUAGACUAAGUGCGGUUCGCCACAGCUCCAAGGUUGGUAUAUCACCACGGACUCAGACAAGAGCGAACAAGACGCUUAAAACCCUCGUGGAUGGCACCUGA